GAAGAAGAUGCCCCCAAAAUAACAAACAAAACGUAACUCCCGAGCGAAAUAACUUUAAAUCGAGGUAAAAUACGUACUUUGCGAGAAUGGCGGAUGCCAAUACGCAAGGAGCAGGUAAACUGCCGGCAAUUACGAAGAGGGUGCAGAAUCUAGGUGAUUUGGGCAUUUGGCAGAGAUCCCGCGCCUACCACGAUUUAAUUGGCUACAUAAAUGGUACCAGCUCGGCUAUUCAGGGGAUCAAGACCACCGACGAGGUGCCCGAAUCGGAGAUGCUCAAGAAACUAGUGCGCCUCUUUGAUUCGCUGGAGAAGUUGGUGGAGCAACAUCCUCCGCUGGAGCAGCCCCAGCGAUUUGGGAACAAGGCCUACAGGGAUUGGGCCCAGGAGAUGCGCGAGCAGUUGCCCGAGCUCCUGGAGCAGCUGCUGCCGGCGGCCAAAAAGAGAUACCAGAGCGAACUGGAGCAGUACCUUGUGGAGUCCUUUGGCAAUGCCACCCGGAUUGACUACGGCACCGGGCACGAGCUGUCCUUCCUAUUCUUCCUCUGCUCCCUGUUCAAGGCCGAAAUCCUGCAGGAACAGGACAUCGUCAGUGCCGCCCUGAGGCUGUUCAAUCGCUAUCUGGAGUUUGUACGGCAGCUGCAGCGCACCUACAACAUGGAACCCGCUGGAAGUCAAGGAGUCUGGUCCCUGGACGACUUUCAGUUUGUUCCUUUCAUCUGGGGCAGUGCGCAGCUGGCAGUCAAAAGCCCCUUUGAUCCUUCAAAGUUCGUGGACGAGCAGAUCAUCAGUGACUUCAAGGACCACUUCAUGUUCAUCAGCUGCAUCGACUAUAUCUGCAAGGUGAAGACUGGUCACUUUGGCGAGCACUCCAACCAGCUGUGGAGCAUCACGGAUGUGCCCUCGUGGGUCAAGAUCAACGCGGGCCUGGUGAAAAUGUACCAAAAGGAGAUACUCUCCAAGUUUCCCGUGAUCCAGCACGUCUACUUCGGCGAACUGAUGGCCUUCGAGCCGGUGUCACCUGGCACAACCAUCUCCAAUGCUCGACUGGGACACGUGGCUCCGCCGCCGUCCAAACGCAUCUGCAUUGGCACUCCCAAUUUGUUGCCACCGGCUCCCGUUUCCGUGGCUCCUUCUCCGCCCGCCGAAUCUCUGAGCAGUGAUCUCAAUGUGGGCGAUUCGAGCAGCGAGAGCAGUGACAGCAGCGUGGUGCUACGUCCAUCGACAUCGUCGGCUUUGCUGGUGGCUGCCGCCGAAGGAUCGGGUGAUAAGCCGAGAACCGAGGGAGAAGCCACCAAGGCUGAGUAG